UAGCCUUCACGCAAAAUCAUUGAUCAGUAUUCUUUGCGGGGAGCACGCGCAGUUGCAUGUUUUUGCGUGGGGAUUGCAGCAAGAUACUUUCAGUUUGUGCGGUCGUUUGCUAACAUGUCAAAAUUGGUGUUUCGAUGAAAGUUGGUUGUCUUCUCGUGUUUCUGUAGUGCUGCGGGAAAAUCUACCACGCGUCGCUCUGCGAAGGCCGACGAUCGCAAUGCGCCAGCGGUGCAACAGACGGGGCAAAAUGCCCGCUGUGGUGUCCAUUGCAGCUUUGCUAGCGACCGCGAGUCCCCGCGCUUCCGCUGGAGCAUCGCGCGGCCCAGGGCCACCUGUUGUGCCCGACAUUGCUGCUCAACAGCGACGUAAAAAAACCAGCCGCACGGGUGAACAAAGCACGAAAAGCUUUGCCACAGCAGCGCGCGGAUCAACCACUGCUUCAGCUGCAUCGGCAAACGUGCAGGUGCUUGGUGAUGGUGCGGAGCUUUCAAGGAACGUGGAAGCUUCACCAUCGACAAGUACUGCCUCACCUAGUGCGGAAGCGCAGGGAAGGCGCACCGGCACGACCACUAGGGUUGCUGCGGACAGCACCGUUACGAACGAAAGAAAUAAGGGCGCUCAAGAACUUCAGGCGAACCAAGAGCGGGACCAUCAGCGUGAUGAAGACCAGGAAUUAGUACAGCACGCUCCAGCUGCUGGUAGCCGUACUAGCGCAAGUGCCUCAGAAGUAGCGGACGAGGAGGGCUUGACGGUUCAUUAUGCACCGAGAAGUGCUGCUAGCCGCCCCCACGCGGAGGACUCAAUGGAGGACGGUGAUGCUGGCCCGACUGCAGCUGGUGCUGUGUCAUUUGUAGACCACAGUAGAGCUGCAGCUGCCACAAAGAGAGACCGUGAAGUCGUCGAAACUGUGCUGCGGGACGUCGACGUGGUCGAAGAUACGAGUUCCACGAAGCUGGUGCGUGACGACGUAGCUCCGCCUUCUCCUGUCCUACCCGUAGUUUCCUCACCCGGAUCAGCUGAUGCAGCAGGAGAGAUUCAUUUCACACCAGGAUCUCCUCCUCGGUCAUCUGCAGCAUCUGCACCAGGCACGACAGGAGCGGCUGACGAUAUCGACAACAGCUCCCGAACAGUAACGGCGUCAAGAAUGUUCCCUGCUGAGCCUGAGCCUGGGAACUACUACAAAAGCACGAGAAAUAACGCACGGCGCCCGCCGAUCGGCGUCAAGAACAAGUCAACUGCCACUUUCUACGACACCCUUGUUCCGAAGAACCUGCAACGGGCACUGAAGACAACCGUACGGCGCCUUACGAGCGAGGACUCCGAUGAAGGUUAUUUUUCUAGCAGCUCCUCCGACGAGAACGAGUCCUCGUCCCACGGCACCGCCCCUAGCAAGACAGGGCCUGGGACCAAGAAGCCCAAGCUGAGGUGCAACGGGACGGAGACCGAGUACCAAGCGUGCGACGCUUCGUCCCAGGUGGCCUGCCCAACGCACGAAUGCCUCGAUUGUGCCUUCGGGGAGUGGAAGGAGUGGUCGGACUGCAGUUGCCACGGCCUCCAGGAGCGCCGGCGGUACAUUGAGCAGGAGAAUAACUACUGCGGCAACCCGUGCAAGGGCCACGACCGGGAAACGCGGCGCUGCGACACCUCCACGUGCACCACCUACAACGUGGACUGCGAGUUCUCGGAGUGGGACGAGUGGUCGCGGUGCGAAGUCAGUGACUGCGCGGAGAUCGCGAAGAACGGGAAGACGCCGCAGUCCUACCGGGAGCGGCACGUGGUUUUGUCCGCGCGGGGGCCGGAGGGCAAGCCCUGCAGCGGACCCAUGAAGGAGACCCGGUCCUGCCACAAAGAGUACCUGGACUACUGUUCGGGCUUGGGUCUGUUCGGGUCGCUGUUCCACGGCCACACCGGGGCGGUGGGAACGGACACUUCCGCGCCGGUCGACUGCGCGCUGAGUGACUGGGAGGAAUGGUCGACCUGCUCCACCAGCUGCGGGGGCGGAGAACACAGCCGAAUGCGAGAGAUUGUGCAGUACCCCCGAAACUCGGGGCGGAGCUGCUCGCGGGUCCUCUACGAGAAGUUGGUAAAGGACUUGCAAGUACGCAUAGCACGACCACAGAUAGCCGCCUGCACGUAGGUGUACGAAAGGCAUGAGAAAGCUAGGAAACGUAUAACAAGCCGCAAAAUUUUUGCCAAGUUGUAUUAGAUAUGUCAUGAUCUGCUGCACGAGAUGACGUUGACGCUCUUGUCUUGUUAUUCAGGUGGAGUAGUUCUCAUUCUCUGCUUCGUUUUCGUACGGAAUCAUCACGGCCAAGGCGAUACUUUUCCAUCGGAUAAAGAUUCAAGCAGAUGGAGCUUGUGGCCGCGAACAAGACGAACAAUACGACUUCGACGUUGCCGGUGCGCGACCUGGAGAUCGCGCUGGAAGAGAUCAAGCCGUGCAAUUUGGACAAACCCUGCCAGGAAAACUACUUUAACAAGGAAAUCCACACCGUUGACUGCAAGUACUCGGAGUGGACGGAUUGGGGCGAGUGCAGCACCAGCUGCGGCGCAGGGGAGAAGACGCGCACACGGAAAAUCGUGGACAAUCCGGUCGGGAAAAACCCCAAACUGUGCGAGGACGGGGCGCUGGUCGAGGUCAAGUCGUGCAAUUUGCAACACUGUCCCGAGUGGUACGCCGGCGCGCAGGACUGCAGAAUCUCCCAGUGGACCUCCUGGACGAUGUGCUCCUCGACCUGCAACGGCGUGCGCUCCCGCUACCGGGACAUUACCCAAUACCCGGCGAGGGGCGGCAAGGGCUGCCACGAAAUCGGCGUGUUUGACGAGAAACACGGGAAACACGUCGAGGAGCUCGUGCGCCGGAAAAACCUCACCGAGGAGCACUACCAUCUGAUUUCCGAAUCGCCGGAGUUCCAGAAGGAGAUCGAACACGACGCGGGCGUGCCCAUGGAGGAGGUGCAGGCGUGCAAUGUGGAAAGUUGCGCCCUCCGCGAUUCCUACAAGGCCAUGCUGCGCGAAAACUCGACGGAUUGCGUGGUGGUACGCAUCGCGAAAGUUGUGUCGUACUGGUAGUGGUAGUAAACGCAUGGCAAAUUUUGGUUUCCAAAGAAAAGAUAAAAUUGAAAAUCCCUUGUAUGUGCAGCAGUUUUGGAUAGGAAGGAACUGUCAUGCCGCACGACUGCGAUUAAGUUUAAGACUACGAGUGCGAUUGCGAUACCUUUGCACAGGAUAGGGAGUCGAGUGGGGAAAAUGGGGCGACUGCUCUGCCACCUGCGGGACCGCCGGAACGAGGAGGCGGGCCAGAUUGGUAGAGGUGUACCCCGUAUCAAAUGCAAAAAUGUCUGGGUCUGGAAACUUGUGAUGCUGGGUGGCGUCUCAUGAUGAGGCUACAAAUGCUGGCUCAGCAUGACAAGUUUCGGAGCUCCUAGGUGUUGCCUAUUCUGCAUAACAAGCUGCGCUUCUGCAUGACAGAAAAACGGAGCAUUUGGGUAACGUGCAUGACAGAUUUAAGAGUCAUGCCAGACAAGCAUGACAAACGUGAAUUCUUCCAGACCCAGACACGUUUACAUUUGAUACCCCGACGGACCGGAAGCAAAGGGCUGCGGAGAUGUAUAGAAGAUACCAAAAAACUGUUUCUCGUCCUUUUUCGUACUCAGUGUAAUUUUUUUGAGUAGCGUCUGUGUGCAGGUGCACUGUGCUGUCCAAGCACAGAAGUGAAUCAUCUUGCAUCGUCUUCCUCGGCUAGGGAGAAAUUACACUGCCUCUGUCUCUUCCGCGACGCAUAGACAAGUGGAAAUAUGAAAAAAUACCCCGAGGUGUCCCUGCAAGAGAUCGCGCCUUGUGAGGAUAACCUGCCCUCCUGCGAACACCACGACGCGGAAAAGGAGUGCAAGGUCGGCGCCUGGGGUGCGUGGUCCAGUUGCUCGGUGACCUGCGGUAUGCUUCGCAAAAGUAUUAUUUAGAUAGACCACCUGGAUGUCAAUGUCUGCCCUGGGAAGGAUCUACAAGACAAAGACUUGCCAGAAAUUGAAUAGAGAUUUCGAAAAAGUAAUGAAAGUGAAAAUCAAUAUUGACCAACAUGAUCUUAAGUGAGGUAUAGAAGGAAGUAUUGUCAUGCGAUGCUCUUGCAAGCUGUAACAUGAAUUCUAUGUGUGCGAUACUACUUUUGCGAUGCAUACGCGGAACGGGUUCGGUUACGCGGAAACGCUCGUUGGACCAGUUCCCCACAGACUGCGGGAAAUCCUGUCCGAAUGGAGCACUCCAGGAGGUAUCUGGUAUACUACGAUGAAUAUAUGCACCGCCGGAUGGGGGUUGUAGUAGUAGCCCUAGAUGUACUUGCUUCUCCUAGUAGAUUUUGAUAGAAAGAAGAACAAGAAAUACCAGGGCAGGUAGAUAAGAUGUGAAGCAGCUGAAUAAACUUCUGCUGUGAGAACAAGGACCUCUGUGUCGAGAAUAAGCCGCGUGCUGCGAGAAGAUCAACUGUGAAAGUACCAAUUCCAACGACCGUGUCUUCGAUGUCGAGUUUUUUCCUGUGCACAACAUGGAUGGCUAAAAGUAAAAAAAAGAACGCGUGUUUUAUUUCAGACGAAGCACUGCAAGCGGGAACCUUGCGAGUGCGUGGACGCCUCCUUCAGCGAGUGGGGGCCCUGGGGCAGCUGCUCCUGCCUGGGCCUGCAGGAGCGGGAGCGAAACCUGCGACAGAGCGCGAACUGGUGCGGCAAGACCAUCGACGGGGCGCGCAUCGAGACGCGCGCGUGCAAGCCGGAUUGCUACCCCAAGCAGGAUAUCAAGUGCAAAAAUGUCUGGGUCUGGAAGAUUUUUAGAUUUGUCAUGCAAGUUUUGCAUGAGCCAUGAUGUCUGUGAUGCAUGCCCUAGCAUCAGAGAUCUGUUGAGCUUGAGGGCUUCUUGAUGCCUAUUCCGCAUGACAAAUUCCCUUUUCCCGCAGCAAAAACUACACUCCCUUUGCUGCUCAUGCAAUACAGAUUCUUUUGGAGUCCAAAUGCAGCAUCACAAGUUGCAUUCUUCCAGACCCAGACAUAUUUGCAAUGCAUACAGGAUUGCGAGUUUUCCGACUGGGAGGACUGGUCCGAUUGUACCGGCACCUGCGGUAUCCUGUGCAAAAGUAUCGUAUUCGUAUUGCAAUCAUGCAUUACAAAUCUUUUUGUUAAGUCAAAUCAGCAUUACAAAUUUUAUUUCUCAUCCUGAGGAAAUUCAAAUUUGUAAUGCAUUUAUACGAGUACGAUACUUGUUUUGCAAUGCAUAUGCGGUGGCGGCCAGCAGUUCCGGUCCCGCCGGAUCACGAGGCCGACCAAAAACGACGGGGAACCGUGUCUGGGCCACGUUCGGGAAACAAGGGAGUGUGGGAUGGCAUUGUGCGAAAAUCCGAAGGACUGCGUCGUGGCGCAGUGGAACAAAUGGAACGAAUGUAGCCGGUAGGGAACGUUGCUGUUUCGUAUGAUGAUUUUGUUGUAAACACAACGAGGACAACUUUGAUGACGUGGAUAAACUAAACUUUGAUGCGAAAAUGCGAGAUCUUUUUCUCACCGUGCCAAACUCUCACCUCUCCACCAGGACCUGUGGCGGUGGGCAGCAGUUUCGCCAGCGCAUGAUCGCGAAGCAGGCGGUGCACGGCGGGUCCGGCUGCGCGAACCAACUUUCGGAAAUCAGGGGCUGUAACGUUUUCCCCUGCGCCGCGAACGCAGUGGACUGCCAGUGGUCGGAGUGGUCCGACUACUCCGCGUGCACGGUGUCCUGCGGUGGCGGGCAGCGGGAGCGAACGAGACACAUUUUUGCGUCUCCGCGCUUUGGCGGGAAGCUGUGCGUCGCGAAAACCAAAAGUGAGCUGGUACGAAGUUGUCUUCAUGGAGCGUGGUAGAGGUCCACACUUACGACCCACACGAUUUUCAUGCGAGAAAAUUGAAGUAGGAGUUGCUGCUUCCUUGUUUUCUUUAGGAAGAUUACCACGCAAAUACAAGUUCUUCUUCGGUUCGGAAUGCGCCGUGCGCGGUAAGGAUGAAGUCGAAGCUCGUAGCCUACAACUCGAAUCAAGUUUAUCUACAGUAGACCUACUAUCACCUUUAACUUUAUCUUAGAACGGGGUCACAAAAUGUCCGAUUAAGUCCUCGGGGGACCUGCGACCCACCCAGUCGGGUGGGCCUUAGGUCCCCUGUCCCAAUAUAGAGCUAAGCUAUGAAUGCGCCACAGCUCGCGUCCGUCCGUUCCAGUUUUCUCGCCGUUCUUUUUUGUGGGUGUCAAUCUGUGACGCAGUAGCUUUAUGUAUUAUUGUAUUUGUGCACUGCUGCACUUAUCCAAGAAAGAAGAUUUGUGCACUGCACUUAUCCAAGAAAAAUGCUUUGUUGUGGGUUAAAUCUGUGAUGCAGAAAAUGCAAAGCUCUUUUUACGCAAAAGGGACCUGUGAUGCGGAAAAUGCAAAAGUGUUUCUGCAGUUUCCUGUGAAACAGUUGUGCAUUUUCUGCGUCACAGAUUUACACCAACCAUCAAAUAACCAAUAAGCUCUUUUCUUGGAUAAAUAGCGACAAAUGGAGGCACAAGUACAAUAGUGCAAGACUCUAAUACAGAUUUACACCGACAAGGCGAACGGCGAGAAAACAAUAUGGGCGGACGCGAGCUGUGGCGGAGUCAUAUAUAACUUAAUUAUUGGGACAGGCACAGGGGACCUAAGGCCCACCCGGCUGGGUGGGACGCAGGUCCCCCGAGGACUUAGUCGGACAUUUUGUGACCCCGUUCUUAACCAUAUCAACAAACUGGUCGAGCGUAAAACAAUCGCUGUUUUUUGAAAAUUGUUUGUAGGCUGCGUGCAACCAGCAUCCUUGCGUUGGUGCGUGCGAGGACGGUGCCUGGGGCCACUGGACCGCGUGGGGCAAGUGCUCCGCGACGUGCGGCGAUGCGGGGUACCAAACCCGGCAUCGCGAGAUCGAGAAGUGGCCGAACCACUGCGGCAAGGCCGUCGAGGGCGAGACCACGGAGUUUCGCGAGUGCAACCGGGUCUUCUGUUAAGGAAGAAAAAAAGUUUGUUUGAAGAGCGUAAACAAGAAGAGUAUAGUUUUUGAUGGGAGAUGGACCAGCGACAGCAAAGACUAGGCAUGCGCAAAUUAAUAGUACGUUGGGCAUACGUGAAGAAAAUAACAACUCAGUUGAAUAUAUGGCGAAUAUGGAGACAGACGCGCCUCUCUACUAAGUUCUUGCAUAUUUCGCAGCCCCAGCCCUAGCUUGAUACGCUAGUAACAAAGUUUUUUCAAACCUUCCAUAUUUGCUCCGAGGCGCAGGACUGCGGUUUUUCCCCCUGGUCGGACUGGAAGCCGUAUCUGCCGCCCCAGCAACUGGAGGACGCGCACCUCCGGAACGUGACGAAGAAAUCCAGCGUGUACGCGCGGGAUCGCUACAUUGCGGUGGAGCCGGCCGGCGAGGGGAAGAACUGCGUCGGCGAGCUCGCGCAGAUCCGGCCCUGCCAGGACCACCCCGCCACGCUGCUCUCCUCUGCGGUGGUGGAGUGCCCGCACGACGUGGCGCACACCGGGGGAAACGCGGACCUGACCGAGGAGGAGCUAAACGACGACUUGAAGAUCAAAAUCAAGGCGGAGAAGUUCUUGAAGCAGCUCACCAAGCCCGAGCCCGGUUCCACGUCAGUCCACGAGAACGACCUGUGCCACUUCAGCAAGUUCGGGCCCUGGAGCAACUGCACGGCGCCAUGCGGGCAGGGCACACAGACCCGCGAGCGCACGCUGCGGGUGAACGAUAAGCUGCUCGGCCAAAUCUCGGUCUUUCUGUCCGCCCACAAGGUCAUCCACGAACAAACGCUGCUGGACGAGGAGGAGAAGCUCGUGAAUGAAAUGAAGCUGCAGCUGGAAACGAAGUGCAGCGGACAUUUGCAGGAAGUACAGUCUUGCAACUUCCACCCGUGUCUCGGGCCCCAGGACUGCAAAUUUUCCAAUUGGACCAACUGGACGGACUGCUCCGUCACCUGUGGCGUGUAUCAGAUCGAUGGACACCACUCGACCUCGACGGGAGCUUCCCUCUCUCUCUUGCACCAGCAAAUAGUUUUCCGCACAGCACUGACUUGUUUACUCAUUCGCUUUGAAUUUGAUAACUGUUCCACGACGACCUCCAUUUUUAAGACGAGCCACCUCGUCGAGAAGAGCGACCGCCUCUUUUUGACAGGAGGAGGAUUACUUCCAAUGGCACACGAAUAGACUUCUAGGGUUCCAUGCAUUACCUUCAGGAGUUUCCACAGCUUUGAGAAUGAAGAAAAAAAUCGUUGUGCAUAGUGCCUGUAUUGUAAGAUUAUGAGCAAGGGAAGGGAUCAUCUGAUCGUGAUCUCUACCGUAGUGGAGCGAGUUGUGACCCAGGAUAACACAGGCACGCAAUACAAGAAUCGGGUUAUCGAGAAAGUUGCCAGGCGGGGCGGGAUGCCGUGCGACCUGAAGGACACGAAACUCGUGCAAAUGUGCCAGACGAACAAAACUUGUAUUUUUGAAUGAUGAAGUUCACCAUUUGCUAUUGCUACCUGGCGAAAUUUGUUUUAUCCGUCUACUUCUUGUUGUCCUCUCUCGGUAAUUGCUAACUCAUGGGAAGCAAUAUCAAGAACUUCUUUACACACAUUAAAAAGAAAAAACCGUUCAUCCACCUUUACAGGCCUCGACGGGAGUAACGCGCUGGCGCCCGAGCCGGACCUGAAUGAGAUCGUGCCGAAGAGGAUCGAAUCCUGUGUCUGGGACGACUGGGACGCGUGGGGCGGCUGUUCUGCCACGUGUGGAACCGGUGGGUACCAGACGCGGAGCCGAAGUUUGGUCCUGCACAUCGAGGAACCAGCAGUGAAAGAGGAGGACGCCGGAAUCUUUGGGUGGCUGUUUUCCCUGUUAAGCUACCCGCUCGCGACGACUUCACGUGGUCUAGUUUCCGCCGCAGCCGCAAACUCCGAAGAAAACGUGGCAAGAGCUUCUAGUUCUUCGAUGGGGACCACCACAUCUGGCAUUGAAGACAAAGAUGAAUCCGUAGAAUCAAUACUCGGGGAACCAUCAACAUCAUCAGGAGCAACCUCAAACCUCGCACAGGAGAGCAGCCACGACGGCCAGCGCCAGCAUAUUGACGACGAUGUGGACACAAAAACGGCAAAAGUAGGCGCCAAAUUGCUUGCGUUCCUCGCAGGCCUUGGCAUUUCCUUCUUUCUGCUGCUCAGGUUAUGCAGCCGAAUAGGGGACCACGUGGUUAAUUUCAAUCGCAGUAGGUUUACCUCUUACGAACAUAUAACAGCGACAAACCUAGAUCAUUUUGUGGAUAAUGGUUCCUGAGAAAGAUGUUCUCAUGGUGGAUGUUGUGCAUCACGCGCCUGUUGAUAGAUACUGCAGUAGUGUGUGGAGGUCGUAUGCACGCUAAGGACAUAGACUAUACGAUGGAUCCUAGUUAUGCGAUACCGCGAGGCUCCCGGUCACGACGCAACGCUGCGGAAUCUUCCGGGGGCUGAUGUUCGCGGAAUAUUAAACCGUUCUUCCGGAUCUAAAGUCCGGGCAAAUGUGUUACAUUGAAUGAAGAAGAAGACAUUGACCUUUCUCUUGACCACUUUCUUGUUCUCGU